CUACAGGCAAUCCCAUCAUCCUCCUUGAUUACAACGCUACGUCAGCAGUGGUACCAAAAGAUGGCGGUGUCCAUAGGGAAGCGCCUUGCUGCUGAUGCUUGUUUAUUGAUAUUAACUUUAAUAUUUCAGGACAGUAAUGCCAGCAAUAUUGCCGCCGGUUCUUCUACCGCAGAAACACCACACCGCCGGUUUGAAUAUAAAUACAGUUUCAAAGGACCGCACCUGUCUCAAGCCGACGGAAGUAUACCCUUUUGGGUACACAGUGGAAAUGCCAUCCCCAGUGCCGACCAGGUCCGCAUUACCCCCUCUCUCAGGAGUCAGAAGGGCUCUGUAUGGUCUAAAAACAUGGUCAACUUUGACAGCUGGGAGGCUGAGGUAACAUUCCGUGUGUCUGGCCGUGGACGGAUGGGUGCUGAUGGCCUGGCGAUAUGGUUCACCACUGCACAAGGCCUGGAUGGUCCUGUCUAUGGAGCUGCUGACAAAUGGAACGGCAUCGGCAUCUUCUUUGAUUCCUUUGACAAUGACGGGAAGAAAAAUAACCCUGCUGUGAUGGUGGUAGGAAACAAUGGCAACCUUGUUUAUGAUCACCCGAACGACGGCACAACUCAGGCCCUGGGAACAUGCUUAAGAGACUUCCGUAACAAACCCUAUCCUGUCCGCGCCAAAAUAACAUACUACAAGAAGACCCUAAUGGUGCUGAUCAACAAUGGUUUCACACCAGACAGGGAUGACUACGAGUUCUGCACCAAGGUGGACAAUAUGGUCAUUCCUAAAGAGGGCUACUUCGGCAUCUCAGCUGCCACCGGAGGCCUUGCAGACGACCAUGAUGUUCUGUCCUUCUUGACAUUCAGACUUACAGAACCUGGCCAAGAACUGCCCCCACCUGAAGCAGAGAUGCCCAAGGAGGAGAAGGACAAGUACCAGGAGGAAUUUCAGAACUUUCAGCAGGAGCUGGACAAAAAGAAAGAGGACUAUCAGAAAGAACAUCCAGACGUCCAGGGAGAACCCAUUGAGGACAUGUACGAGAGUGUAAAUGACAGGGAGCUCCGUCAAGUGUUUGAGGGUCAGAACCGAAUCCAUCUGGAAAUCAAGCAGCUUCACCGUCAGCUGGCCAUGAUCCUGGACGAACAGCGCCGCUAUGUCUCUGUGGUUACAGACGAGGUCUCCAAGCGCCAAGGGGAGUCGGGGGGGCAGGCUCCUAGUCAAGAACUCGGUGCUGUGGUUGCAACGCAACAGGAGGUGCUGAGGAACCUUGAUGAGUUAAGGAACUCUUUUCAUGACUCACUGAAGCAGAUCGGCGCCACCCAGCAUCAAGCUAAUGCAGUUGGCAUGGGGACAUAUGAGACAGUACAACACUUCAACGACAUCAAAGAACAUCUCCACGUGGUCAAGAGAAACAUUGAACAUCUCAUCACGCGUAAUGGGAACCCCAGUGAAAAGCAAGUGUUGAGAUGUCCUGACCCUCCUCCGAUGCCUUCUUGUCUGGGUACCACUCACUUCCUGGUCUUUGUGGUAAUCCAAUCAGUCCUGUUUUUCAGCUACAUCAUGUACAAAAGUCAGCAAGAAGCAGCAGCAAAGAAAUUCUUUUGAUGAAAUGCCUUCUUUGAUUUCUUGAUAAUAUGUAAAUGAGGGACUUCAUUUCACUUGUUAUUUUUGGUUUGUUUUAGUUAUUUCUUUUUUCAAAUUGUAAAUUAUUGUAUUUGAAAAUUUUAUUUUAUUUUUAAUUUCUUAUUUUUAAUUGGAUCUGAUAUUAUGUACAGGAUAUGUGAAUUAAUGCUCAAGUGGGUAACUUUGUAAAGUUUUACUUGUCCAAAUAUGAUGUAGUAUAUUCUAUACAGUAUUUUGCCAAUUCAAUAGAUUCUUUUGACUGGUUUUUGGCAAGUGCCCACUUUCAGAAAACAAGCAAACCACUUUCUGCCAAUUUACAUUGUCUGGAAAACCCAAUUGAUGAAAUGUUUAAUUUUUUAUUAAUUAUGAACUAUUGUUGGAAAAAAACUGAGUGAAUGUACAGUGUCUUCAAAAUAAGUGAAACAUGCCAAAAAACUGACAUUCUUUUUUCUUCUCAAGCAAUUUACGGAAACAGAAAUCAAACUGAAAUAUCACAGCUUUUUUCUUGUUCACUAAUGACAUUUGUUUGCCUCUUAGUGCUCAACUAAUUGUGGAUACUGACAACAUCCCUGCAUGACUUUACUGUCAUACUUCAAGGAUAAAAACAUGGUACAUGUAGUACCAUGGAAGUAACAUGAAAUUAACCUUAGCAGUACCAUGGGUACACUCAGUUGCAUUUCCGCUAAAACAUAUUCUACUUGAAGGUGCACUAACCUCGCAACUCUCGUCGUGGAGCAAUUAACACAGACAUUUGUUUUAGAUGUGGUUGAAGGUGAUGGGCACUUUUCAUAACAAUGGAACACAGAAUAAACAAAGUCCUUACUUCAUGUGAA